CGACGGCGACGUCGACGCGAACACGUUCUCGCGAGGAGCGGAACUCGAAUGACCGACCGCCUCGGGCUCGGGGACUCGGCCCUCUCUCUGUUUGUUUGGCGGUGAAUGUGGGGAGGGGAGAUCUCGCGAUAGGACACUACACCUUGUGCAACCGCGCCGCGGUGCUUUUGCCUCCGUUACAUUUUGAAUUUUGAACUCGAUAGUGCCCACGCGUUGUGUAAUUGGAGGACAUCGAAGUUACGCGAGGGACAGAUAUGAUCUUCGCCGUCAACGAGCCUGAAAUUUGGGAUAAUAGAGCGUGACACAUAUCUUGCUCUGGAGCCGUUAAAGAUAUUCCCCGCUGACCAGUUCGUCAUUGUGGAGCAGGUGGUUGGCCCUGAAGAUGUGUUGACUACCGAUAGUGAAGAGCCCACUGUCACUACGGCUAGUAAUCAGGCCAACACCUCGAUCACCACUUUGACGAACAUGUGCACCACACCUGGGAACACUGGUACUGGGUUUGGCUAUGCCACAUGGUCAUUCAGCGGCCCCGGGAAUGAUAGCCGGGAAAACACGCAAAGCGAUAUUGCUGGCACCAUCAGUUACGCAGCGGUCAACAAUAAUCAAGAUCAGGGAUCCAGUCCUAAGAUACAAAUUGAUGUUAAGCCAGCCAAGAUACAAAAUAGUUCGCACCGAAGAACCAUGUUUACUAUGAACGAAAGUUGUCAGCAGACGCCUACCACUACGCAUCAUGGUCACACGACGGGAGCUCAUAAUCAAACGACUCAUGUAACGCACGUUAGGUCAAAGAAGCACCACGACGUCUUUGCGUUAACCUGCGACAAAGGUGGAUGUAACUGUGACGCUCAUCACUCCACGCCACCGCCAUCUCUGUUCCCUAAUACGUUAGUUUUUGCUACAGAUAAGCACACCAUGAGCAAGCACUUCAUGACCCCCAUAGGUCCUCUCCAACUGACGGCCGAAGAGUGCAACGAAAUCCUUAUGAAGAGAGCGGCAGCAGCUUCCAAUCAGUCCAACUCCAAUAACGUGGCAUCCAGUCAAACGGAUGCCAGUGCUCAUUUCGGCCAUGUUCUCACUCAUGUAAAUACAACCCAGAUAGAUAUUAAACCUAAACAGGAUAUGGGUUCCCAAGUUAGAGUACCCAAGGAGAGGCCAUAUUCCUGCACAGAGUGCGGAAAAUCCUUUUUAUUAAAGCAUCAUCUCACUACACACGCGCGAGUACACACAGGAGAGCGACCUCACAUUUGUGUACACUGUGGCAAGAGUUUUGCGCACAAACAUUGCCUCCAUACUCAUCUCCUUCUUCAUAGCGCCGAAAGACCCUAUCAAUGCAGAGAAUGUAAAAAGUCCUUCACGUUAAAGCAUCAUCUGGUAACACAUACCAGAGUCCAUACGAGAGAACGACCAUUUGUCUGCCCUGAAUGUGGUAAAGCCUUUCCUUUAAAACGUCACCUGGUGACGCACAGUAAAUUCCACACAGGAGAACGUCCCUUUGUUUGCGAAGAGUGCGGAGAGUCGUUUGCCCAGAAGGAACACUUAACCAUGCACUCGCGCUUCCAUGGCAGUUUGCAUCCGUUCGUUUGCCCUGAUUGUGGCAUGAGCUUCCAGAGAAAGUUUGAACUGGUUAACCAUGGCCGCCUGCAUGGUAGGAUACCGCACUCCUGUACAGUAUGCGGAAAAGAAUUUCUGCAGAAGAGAACCCUACUGGCGCAUAUGCGGCUACAUACUGGCGAGACACCGUUCGCCUGCACCGUAUGUGGAGAAGCUUUUCCAAGGAAAUGUGAUUUAAUAGCUCACUCCAAGAUUCACAAUAAUAGUAAUUCAGACUCGGAAACAAAACCAUUUAUGUGUCGAGAAUGCGGACUAGAGUUUAAUAACAGAGAAGCCCAGACAUUGCAUUUAAGGUUACAUUCGGCAGAUAGAACACUCGUGAACGAUCUUUGUGGACUGGCUGCAACAUUUCAGCAAACAACUGGACACUUUCUUACAGCUAAUACCUCCAGUGCUCAUCAGAUGAACGGACCGCUGGGCUCAUCGGCCUCUAGCGUCAGCCACAUGCACGGGGCCACGCAAACGUCGCCUCCCGUUGGCGCGGGCCCCAAGCCAAAGCCCCACGUUUGCCCGGACUGCGGCAGGGGUUUCGCCCAGAAGCACGGACUCUCGCAGCACCAGCGCCGACACACGGACGGCAGCUGCCACAUUAGGUCCCACGUGUGCGACAAGUGCGGCAAGGCCUUCUUCCAGAAGAAUCACCUGUUGCUCCACCAGCGCCAGCACAUGGAUCCACCACCCAGUAUACUGCGGCAGCAGCAGCGACAGGCGGCCCAGGCUGCGGUCCAGGCAGCCCAGCAAGGUGGCGGAGGAGGUGGUGGCGGCGGUACCCAGGUGAUCACGGUCGAAGGCCAGCAAGGCUGCACCGUCGACACCAAGGCAAUCGCCCUGCAAGCGAUACAGCAGGUACAGCAGCAGCAGCAGCAGCAGCAACAGCAACAGCAACAGCAGGCGACGCAACAGCAGCAGCAACAACAACAACAACAACAACAACAACAGCAGCAGCAGCAGCAACAACAACAACAGCAACAACAGCAGGCGUGUUCCGUGGACACUAAAGCAAUACAAUUGAACGUCACCAUAUGAGACGAUUUUACAAAGGGGGAUGAUGAUCGUUGGCGAGUUGAUCCCAAGUCGUUAGCGCACCCACACCCGCUGCCACCACCGAACCCUCUGCACGCACUUUUCUUGUACUAACAAUAACACAAUAGUUAUAUUUAUUAUCUCUAGAUUUCAACUAUGAUGAAGUAACCGAUUUUAUUACAAGACAAGAGUAUAUAUACAUGAAGACAACAACAAAAAAAAAAUUAUACAUAUUCUA